ACAUGAUGAGAGAUUUGGAGGGUGCUUCUCUCUCCUCUGUGUAGUUGAUAGUUUGGGUGGUGAAAAGAUGGCUGACAGUGUCAAAACAUUUCUCCAGGACCUUGCCAGGGGAAUCAAAGACUCCAUAUGGGGUAUUUGCACCAUCUCAAAGUUAGAUGCUCGAAUCCAGCAAAAGAGAGAGGAGCAGCGCGGAAGAAGGGCAAGCAGUGUCCUGGCACAGAGGAGAGCCCAGAGCACGGAGCGGAAGCAAGAGAGUGAGCCACAUAUUGUUAGUAGAAUUUUCCAGUGUUGUGCUUGGAAUGGUGGAGUGUUCUGGUGUAGUCUCCUCUUGUUUUAUCGAAUGUUUAUUCCUGGGCUUCAGUAUGUAACAGCCCUAAUUAUUGGUGAUCCAUCACCGCAUGGAGUUUUUUGGUCCCGGCUGGAAUUCUUCCUCACGUCCAUUUUCAGCGCUCUGUGGGUGCUCCCCCUGUUUGUGCUCAGCAAUGUCGUGAAUGCCAUUUGGUUUCAGGAUAUAGCUGACCUGACAUUUACGGCAUCAGGGAGGAGGCCUCAUCCAUCCCCUAGUGUCAGUAAAAUAAUUGCUGACAUGCUUUUCAACUUUCUGUUGCAGGCUCUUUUCCUUAUUCAGGGAAUGUUCGUGAGCCUCUUAAGUAUUCAUCUUGUUGGUCAGCUGGUUAGUCUCCUUCAUAUAUCCCUUCUGUACUCACUGUAUUGCUUCGAAUAUCAUUGGUUCAAUAAAGGAAUCGAAAUGCACCAACGGUUGUCAAACAUAGAAAGGAACUGGCCUUACUACUUUGGGUUUAGUUUGCUGUUGGCUUUUCGCACGGCAAUGCAGUCCUCACACGGUAUCAGUGGCUGCCUCUUCUCUAUCCUCUUUCCUUUAUUCAUUAUCAGCGCCAAUGAAGCAAAGACCCCUGGAAAAGCAUACCUCUUCCAGUUGCGACUCUUCUCCUUGGUGGUCUUCUUAAGCAACUGACUCUUCCACAAGACCGUGUACCUGCAGUCUGCCCUGAGCAGCUCAACCUCUGCAGAGAUGAUCCCUUCGCCACAUCCAUCGC